AUGGGAAAUUCUCAUGGAUUCAUGGAAUCACGAAUUUAUGUUAUCUUGAAAAUCUGGGAAAAGGUACAAAAAAUUGAAUUUUUAUAUAUCCGUAGUCCAUAUACCAAAAAUAAAACUGUUGACGGUUUGAAUUUGGAAGGCUCGCUUUUUCUUCGCUUUUGUGUUCGACAGGCUGGACCAUGGCCGAUCCACGAUCUUUCAGAGACAAAUAUUAUAGGUUGCGAGAAAAAUACGAUGCCCUUAACAAGCCGUUUACUCGACUUAAUGAUGGACAUGAAUCCCAGUCUUGUUGAUGACGUAUCCGGUAGCUCUUCGUCUGAUGAGUCAGACGUCCUAUCUGAUGCAACCUCAGAUGAUCUCGAUACUAGUAUAACUACUCUUAGUAGAUACGAACAACCAAAACAAUCGUCCAGAGAGUAUAGAAGAAAGGUGUCACCACCUACAACACGAAAACCCCAUGUAUCUCCUCAAGCAUCAGGUUCAAGAGCUACCGGAAAACGCAAAACCGACGAAGGUAUUGGUGCUGAUGAAUUGCCAACACAAAAACGUAGGCGCAAAGCUCCGGGUAAAAAGAAACGUGACGAUCGCACCGAUGCUAAGAGGAUUGAGCCUUUACCUAUGAAUUCCGAUGGAACAUUAAAAUUACCUGUUACUAUUGGAAAAGGUACCAAUGAAGUGACGAUUUAUCGUAUAGGAACAAUAGUCUGGGAUAAAGAAGCUUAUCAUACUAAUCGGUAUAUAUUUCCGGUUGGUUUUAUGAGCAAAAAACAAUAUUUGAGUGCUGUCGAUGUUACAAGGAGGACAACAUACACCAGUGAGAUAUUAGAUGGCGGUGAUACUCCAAUCUUUCAAGUUACCGCCGAAGACCAACCUGGUCGUAAAUUUUCUGCUAGUUCAUCUAGUGGUGUUUGGAAAAAGAUUCUUGAUGAAAUUAAUAUACAAGGUGUACCCUCAAAAACACAUGCUAGUGGUCCCGAAAUGCUUGGUCUAAGUCAUCUAGGAAUCACAAAAUAUAUCCAGGAACUACCCGGCGCUGAAAAAUGCACAAAAUAUGUGAUGCAACAGCCCAUGGAUGAAGACGAGGAUGAUGACGACGACAGAUCCGCAAUUACAAAUGGGCAUGAACAAUACGAGCAUCAAAUAAAAACCGAAGCUAGCAGUCCCUAA